UUCCAUUUACCAUACAUAUCUGCAUUGCAGAUCGUGAGACAAUGGGAGCACAUUGCCUCCCUCCGCUUGUAUUCCUUGGCGCCUUGCUGGUGCUGCCACAGCUGCUGCUCGCCAGCACGACGAGAUACUACACCUUCAAUGUGACAAUGCAGAAGGUGACGCGGCUGUGCAAGACCCGUGCCAUCCCGACAGUGAAUGGCAAAUUCCCUGGGCCGAAGAUACUCACCCGGGAAGGCGACCGUGUCGUCGUCAAGGUGGUUAACAAUAUCAAGCAAAACGUUACCAUCCACUGGCAUGGCGUGAGGCAGCUGCGGACGGGGUGGUCGGACGGUCCGGCAUACAUCACGCAGUGCCCGAUCCAGACAGGGCAGAGCUACGUGUACAAUUUCACCAUUACGGGGCAGAGGGGCACGCUCUUCUGGCACGCACAUUUCUCAUGGUUGCGCGCCACGCUCUACGGCCCUAUCAUCAUCCUCCCCAAGCUCGGUGUGCCCUACCCCUUCCCAAAACCUUACAGAGAAGUCCCCAUCAUUUUCGGCGAGUGGUUUAAUGUGGAUCCUGAAGCAAUAAUAGCCCAGGCGCUUCAGACUGGUGGAGGCCCAAACGUGUCGGACGCGUACACCAUUAACGGGCUUCCAGGCCCACUAUACAACUGCUCGAGCAAAGACACGUUCAAGCUGAAGGUGCAGCCCGGCAAGUGGUACCUGCUCCGGCUGAUCAACGCUGCGCUCAACGACGAGCUCUUCUUCUCUAUAGCCAACCACACGCUCACCGUCGUCGACGUCGACGCCUCCUACGUCAAGCCCUUCGACACCGACGUGGUGCUCGUCACGCCGGGGACCACCAACGUGCUCCUCCGCGCCAAGCCAGACGACGGCUCCCCGCCGGCGACCCACCUCAUGCUGGCGCGGCCCUAUGCCACGGGCCGGGUCGGCACCUACGACAACACCACCGUCGCCGCCAUCCUCGAGUACGUGCCGGCGGGCCACAUCAAGAGCCGCCCGCUUUUCCGUCCCACCCUCCCGGUCUUCAACGACACGGCGUUCGCCGCCAACUACAGCGCCAAGCUCCGGAGCCUGGCCAGCCCGGACUACCCGGCCAAUGUCCCUCGACAGGUGGAGCGCCCCUUCUUCUUCACCGUGGGGCUCGGCACCAACCCGUGCCCGACGUACCAGGGCUGCAGCGGCCCCACCAACGACACCAAGUUCUCGGCGUCCGUCAACAACGUCUCCUUCAACAUGCCCACCACGGCGCUCCUCAAGGCGCACUACGACGGCAACACCGCCGGCGUGUACACGUCGGACUUCCCCACCGUGCCGCUGGUGCCGUUCAACUACACGGGCACGCCGCCCAACAAUACAAACGUGUCCAACGGGACCAAGGUGGUGGUGCUGUCAUACAACACCAGUGUGGAGGUGGUGCUCCAGGACACCAGCAUCCAGGGCGCCGAGAGCCACCCGUUGCACCUGCACGGCUUCGACUUCUUCGUUGUCGGGCAAGGCGUAGGCAACUAUGACUCGUCUCAGGAUCCUGCCAACUUCAAUUUGCUCGACCCCGUGCAGAGGAACACCGUCGGAGUUCCCGCUGGAGGCUGGGUCGCCAUCAGAUUUUACGCAGAUAACCCUGGUGUAUGGUUCAUGCAUUGCCAUCUCGAGGUGCACACGAGCUGGGGACUGAAGAUGGCAUGGGUGGUCAACGACGGCCCAUUGCCUGACCAGAAGCUCAUGCCUCCGCCGUCCGAUCUCCCCAAGUGUUAGAAACCGAUCGGCGUUUUCAUUGACCAAGAUUGGGAUUAAUUUCCUUUGUUCUGUUUGCAUGCAAUUGUGGAUGCAUUAUCUCGUACAUACAUAUUACGUCGCACACAAGGGUUUGAAAGAAGCUGUAUAAUUUUUUUUGAAGUAUUACAUUUAAUAUAUCCAGUGCUAAAAGCCUAAAAGCAAAAGUUCUAGUGUUGUAAGGUCAUAUCUCUUAUAUAAUUUAGAGGCACAAA